AUGAAGUUCAUCACUCUCGUCGCCAUUUUCGGCACUACUGGACUCUGCUGCAGUGAUUAUGAAUGGAUUGCUCCUACGGUAAAUGAUCGCCGAAGUCCCUGCCCAAUGGUCAACACCCUUGCCAACCACGGCUUCCUCCCACGUGACGGUUUGAACAUCUCCCUUGCAGAUCUCGUCGUUGCGUUCAAUGCGUCUGUCAACCUUGCCCCUGCAGCCACCACACUAGUGGGUCAGAAAGCCCUGCUCGCUUCGACCACAGGAAACAAUGCCACUUUCGACCUCAAUGAUAUCAAUAAACAUGGCAUCAUCGAACACGACGGAUCACUUUCACGUAACGACAUCCUUUUUGGUGAUAACCACUCCUUCAACUCUACGAUCUGGAACUCGGUCGCAGCAUCCUUCACAAACACCACCAUUUCUCUCUCAACGGCAAAAUCUGCCCGGGCGGCGAGAUUGGCAGCUGCGGCUGCCGUUAAUCCAGAGUUCAAUAUGACUGCUGGUGAUGCGAAAUUCAGCGGGAUUGAGACGGCUCUGUACAUGACAGUCUUUGCUGACCCUGAUGUCGUCGACGAGGCGAGAACAGAAUGGGUCGGUGUUCUGUUUGCUGAAGAGAGAUUGCCUUAUGAGGAGGGGUGGAAAAGAUCAGAACAGGAACUGACAGCUGCUGGAAUAUCAGCCCUUGCAGCACAAGUUCUCACGACAUAG